AGAACACAGGCCUAUAAUUAUUCUUGGAAAAUGAAUGCUGAGUUAGUGGCUACAUUAUUAAUUUAAAAAUUAAUUUUGCGCUAAAAUAUGAUUAGUGGUAAUAUUUCAAGUAAUUUUAUUCAUGAUCGGUUAAGAAAUAUUCUUCCUGCUCGUAAAAAAAAUACUUUAGAAGAAACAUCAAAUAAAUUUGAAAUUCAAUUUAUAGAUGGAGUUUACACUCAAAUAGAUUUAGCUUUACUUAGAUGCUUGGUAAAACCUAGGGAACUUAUUGUUACAGAUUUGAUCAAAGAAGCUUGCAGGUUUCGUAAAAUUCAUCCUUGUAAUGCAGUGUUUUUUGGCCUAAAAACAUAUAACAAGUCUGUUCCAAAAUGGGUUAUUCCUACUAUAAAAAUUCAAACAUUAGACAAAAAAUUGAAGUAUGUUUUACGAUUACAGUUUAAAGUGUUAAAUGUUUCCAGUUUGCGUAAAAAUGAUGAUGUUUAUGCAUACCAAUAUUAUUUGUUGCAGUGUCGACAUGACUUUAAGAAUGGAGUUUAUGCAAAUUUAGUAGAAAGUAAAAACGAAACUGAUUUAUUGAGAAUGGUUAUUUUGGAAAUGUACAUUGUUCACCAAACAACUGCAGUUUCUUUGAAAGACCUUUUGAAAAAUAAAAGAAAGGACCUUUUUAACAUUGAUGGUAUCUUGCGUAAAUAUCCUAACCGAGGUGUUGAUCGUGAUAUCCACAAAUGCAAGCAAAAAAUUGCUAGAUCUUUAGAAGGUUUUAAAAGUGUUUCUGAUCCAGGAAAUGAUUUUAUUUAUGAAAUUGAACAGUUAGAUCAUUAUAGAGAUGAAGUUUUUUCUAUGAUAAAGUAUGAAGAUGGAAAAAUUGAUAAAAGAGAAAUCUUCUUAACACCUACUGAUAUUUGUUGCAAGUUUACUAUCUCCAAUGUUCGGUCAUGUUUAUGGCAAUGUUCUUACAGUAACAUUUGUGGUGUUAAAGUUCAAGAAUAUUUUGAAGGAAAAGGAAGAGAAAUAAGAAUACUCAGAAGAAAUGAAAGAGCUGAGAUUUUAUUUUGUGAAUCGGAAGAGGAAUGUGAAUCUUUUUUUAGUUUUAUGGAAGGUUAUUAUAGAUUGUUGGUUAAUCAAUAUGACACAAUACUUUAUGAUACUAACAGCAUUCUUAAAGAUAACAUGGUACAUGGCCCUAUCAGUCAAAAAGUUGCUGAAAAUAUCAUAACAGCAAAGGGGAUAGAAGAAGGAAAUUAUUUGUUUCGUGAACACUGUCAAAAGUACUUUUUCUUUGUUUUAUCAUAUGUUUCUUAUAAUGAAACAAUAAAACACAUUGAAAUUGAAUAUUGUCAAGAAGAUUCUGAACUUGGUUACUAUCUUUUGAAUGGAACAAAGUACCCAUCACUCAAUGUACUGCAAAACAGUUUUAAAGAUGCAAAAGUGAAGGAUGAACUAGGUGUUGUCCUUAAAAAAAAUUACGUACCAAGACAAUCUGGAAACAUUCCAUUUUACAUGGAGCCAGGACAUAUUCUUCAUAAUAUUGCAAAUAAGCGUAACAUAGCAUUAUCAAAAUUACCUGCUGCACCUCUUUUGCUUGGUUCAGAUCAGUUAAGAUGUGAACAAUGGAUAAAAAAGGGAGCUUUUGGAGAUGUUAUGAAGUAUGUUAAAAAGGAUGAAAAUAAAUCAUUGGUUUUGAAAAGAUUUACUGAUAUUCCUGCAGAACUUGUUAAUCUAGUUGCUCAAUCUUUAAUGUGUCUACACGACCGUAAGCACAUUGUCCAGUUUGUUGGACUUUCCUUAUUGGAUAAUGGUUUAAUGUUAGCGUUUGAGUACUUGGAAUUAGGAAAUUUAGAAAACUAUUUACCAAAGUCAAGAGAAACGAUUACAUAUGGGUUGCUGCUCAAGUAUCUUCGUCAGUUGGGUGAUGCAGUAAAAUUUCUUCAUUCAAAGGAUUUAGUGCACGGCGAUUUGCAACUGAAAAACAUAUACCUUUCAGAUUUACAAACUAUAAAACUUUCCAAUUCUUGUAUUAUGUGGAAGUUGUCUGAGCAUAUUGAAAAGAAUUAUGUUAGGAACAACUGCACUCAUUAUGCUCCUGAGAUUUUCUUAACCGACAAACCAGUAUAUACAAAAGAAACUGAUAUAUGGGCAUUUGCUUUAACAAUUUUACAAUUAUUUACAUUGGAAAAACCAUUCAAAACAAUGACAUAUUUUGAGAUGAAGAAUUUUUUUCAUGAGCAUUUGAAUAAAAGUUCUUCAUAUAGUUCACCUUUGGCAUAUAUGAAUUUAGAAUCGCCAUGUCACUGUCCAACGACAUUACGUAAACUGUUUAAUGAUAUGCUAUACUUCAAACCAAACGAAAGAAAGAAUAUUGUAGAGGUUCAUAUUAACAUCAUCGAUCUUUUGAAAGCACCCACAAGAGAAAAAGAAAAGAUUUAUUUUACUUUUGACUGGAAAUCAUAUGUUGAUAUUGAUUGCAAAAAAAAUGAAAGUAGCAUGGUGGAUUCGGGAGUUUCAGAUAGUCGAAACUACCAUAAGAUAAGUUCAAGUAUGGUGUAUGGAAUACAUCAAGAGGAAAAUAUGGAAGUUGACAAUAGCGAUUUAUCUUCGAUUGAUAAUAAACAGACAGAGAAACAUCCUUUAAUAAAUAAUUCAAAUUUAAUUAUGCAAAGUAAUAAACUGAAACUUUUGAUAAAAGAUAAACAUUCACGCUCGGCCCCAUGUUCUCCUACACAAAAUAAACUUGUUAACUUGUAUUCUUUAGAUGACUGUGAUAAAGCACAAGAAGUAAAUUUUUCAAAAGAUUUAAUAAGUACGAAAGUUAAUCAGAAAACAAUAGAUAAUAAUGAUGUAGAUACCUAUCAGCAAUCAUUCUAUAGAACAAGUUUUUUACCAAACAAAAGUUGCAGCAUCCAAGACCAAGUUGAAAACUUAAGUUCUGAAAAAUUAAGCUAUUUUGAUAAAAAUAAGAAUAAUCAAAGUGAAUCUGAUAUUGCUUCUAUUUUACUUGAUUUGUCUCAAGCAAACAGUUCUUCUCCUUAUGUUGAUAUAAAAGGUAAUUCACAUAUUCAACAAAUAAAACCAUAUAUUCAAACUUUUAACAGUGCUGUAAGCACUCGCGAGGAUUAUGCUCCAAAGUUAGAUAGUUUAGCAUCUGUUGCAAAGGCUGAUUUUGCUAAAAUAUCUCCUCCACCAACUCCACCAGAUUCUCCAGAGCAAGUUCGUCGUGAUACUUCUGAUCAGCCAAAGCGCGAGUGGUUCCGUAAUCCAAAAACACGGCAAUAUUUACAGGAACGCAUUAAUUUUGAGAGAGAACGCUUUUAUGGAAAACGCAGUAUUUCGUUUCAGGAAGAAUCUAAUGAAUAUACCGAAAAUACUAAAAAAAUUGCUAAAAUGGCACUUCAAGGUCCAAAUCCAUUUAAUAUAGGCAUAAGUUUACCUCAUCGAUUUUUUGGGAAAAAAGACGUUCCUCUGAAUCCUCCGCCAUUCUCUUGUGAACUUUCUAGAUUUUUUAAAAAUGAGUUUGAAGAGAAUUCUGUCACACAGGAUGACAACGAUUUUUCAAAUCCAUACAGGUCAUUACAAGAUUUAGAAUUGAUAAGAAAAAAUAUAUUUAAUAAUUCAAACAAUGCUUCAAAUAAAACACAAAGUGAAAUUCAAUCUGUUGUUAAAGAUUUUAAAGAUUUGCAAGCAAGUAGCCCUAACCCUUUUAUAUCGCAUUUAAGUACCUCGCACGCAGCUGUCAUCUCUACUAUUAAUGUUUUCACAAAUAAUCCUGGUAUAGCUUCUGUUGGUACUACUUCAACAAUUCAGUCUAGUUUUCAAGGUGGUAAGCCGAUUGCUUCAAGUUCGGCUAACCGAAGUUAUGGGGGUCAUUCUGAGGGUAAAAGACAGUCAAAGAAAAAUAAAGAUUAUGCUUCAAAAACAGAUAUUUAUUCUGUUGCAGUUUCGCAUCAAAAUCCUGUAACUAAUAGUUUAUCUGAAAACGGACAAACAUUUCCAAUGUUGAAACAACAAAAUAUACAGCCUCGUCUGCUUGGUGUAAAUACAAGAUUUUCCACAUCAGCAACCCAAUCUUCUCUUCAUUGUACAAUAGCACCUGCUUCUAGAACUAUAUACAUUUCUCAUAAUUCUACUCAAGAACCUAUUCAGCUUUUUCCUAGAGCUCACUUUAAUGGUUCUCCAGUAACAUCUAUUCAGUCUUUUCAAGUUCUAAACCCUCAGUUUAUUACUGGAUCUCCAAUUAUUUCUCAAGCUACUUUUCAAAAAUCUGACCUAGCAAUGCCUCUAAAACCUUCUAUAGAUUCAACAAUGCUCUCUAGGUCUUCAUCAGGUCAAUUUUCUUCUCCUUCAGGGAUCGAAGAGUCUCAAAACAAAAAUUCAAUGUUUACUUUUUCUGAAGAGCAUUUGCCAUCCAUGUUUCGAUUUAUUGAGCGUAAAGAUUUAAAAAUUGAGGAGAGUUUAGGUCAGGGUCAGUUUGGAGAAGUUUUUAAAGGCUUGUGGUUGUUUACAGAUAAAAAUAAAAUCAAACUUAAUGUUCCAGUUGCAAUUAAAAAAUUACUACAAAAAGACACAACCUCUAAUAUUUCUAAAGACAUACAAGAUUUUCGUAGAGAAGCAAAAACAAUGGCCGCUCUUUCCAAAAGAGAAAUUUCAGAUUCCCAAUACAUUGUUAAGUUGCAUGGAGUGUGUGCAGAAGGCUCAGACACUGAUUUUUCAAUUGUCACUGAGUAUUUAUCAAUGGGUUCUUUAGACCAGUUUAUUCCAUUAAGAAAGAAAGAGUUAAAUUCAGGUUAUUUAUUGGUUUAUUGUAAGCAAAUUGCGCAUGGUGUUGACUACUUACAUACACAAAAUAUUCUCCAUCGUGAUUUAGCCUGUAGAAAUGUUUUAGUUGCUGAUAAAGAGCUGGUAAAAUUAUCUGAUUUUGGUUUGAGUCGUUUUUUAUUUGAUAAAGGUUAUUAUGACAAUGAAAAGUUCCAAAAGUUACCUGUUCAGUGGUUAGCACUUGAAAGCAUGGAAAAAUGCUUAUAUACUCAAAAGACUGAUAUUUGGAGUUACGGAGUGGUUUUAUGGGAAAUGUUUACCUUGUUUCAAACAGAAAUCAAAGACUUACCAGUUAUUCCAUAUAAAGACAUCCCUUUCAUUGAUUUACCUGCUUAUUUGAGGUCAGGAGCGCGUCUUUCAAAACCUGAUUGUUUCCCUGUUGAAUUAUGGAAUCUCAGUGUUAAGUGUUGGAACAUACUAGAGGAUGAGCGACCGUCUUUUUAUGCUUUCAAGGAGUUUAUUGGAAAUCUUUUAGAAAGCGCUCCGAUAAAAACCUUUUUUUGAGCAUAAUUAGCAGUACAUAGAAUUAUUUUACGUUUGAAUAUUUAUAGAAAACUUUAAUUAACAUUUAAAAUUAUUAUUUUCAUUUUCGAAAACUCUAUAUCUUAUUUAUGACCAUUUGUGUUAAUGUUGUAACUUGUCUGUGUGAGUGUGUUUUCUUGUAUUGUUGCAAUCUGUUCCAUUAUUUUUCUCUACUAUUGUGUAUUGUAUUUGUGAAAGGUUUUGUAAGAGAAGGAUAUUUAUAGUAUUUAUAAAAUUUACUGCUUGCAGUACAUGAAUCCAUAUCUUAUAA